AUGGCUGGCUGCAAGAAGCAGAGGCUUGGUUCCUGGGACCCUUUUCCUGACCUUUCUGCGGCCGCAUGCGAGUUGAGGGCUGCUACGACAAUCUCCAAACUCGAACCAUGCGCGGGGGAAGAGCGUCAGAAGGACCUUGAAGCUUUCUAUGAGAGGUUGCAGAACCUGCAGAAUUCUUGCGAGGUGAAUAGCCCAUGGUACAAGCCCAUCCUCGUAAGUGUGGAAGGCAUUCUUGUUCAGGCUUUCGGCCAGGAUUCCGGGGACAUGUGCUGCCAGUCCACGGUGCGUGUGGCCUGCGCUCCGCCGGCCUCUUUGAGCAUCGUCAAAGGCAUCUUCGACCAGGUUGGAGGGGCAGCGGCAAAAGCGUUCGAUGUGGUAUCCAACUACAUGGUGGUGCAGGAGUGCAAGGACAUCUGCGCGGCCGAGUGUACGCCUCUCGUGUUCAUCAUCUACAACUUCUGUUCCUCCGUCUUCUCAUGCAGUCUUGGGGCAUCCGGCGACGGUGAGAGCAUGGUGUGGCCGCCAGGCUUGCCGAAGCCCAGACUGCAGCUCGUGGUGGUCCAGGAUGCUGAGGCAAGCUCCCCCAAGCUUGCGAAGGUGUCCAGGGCUUUGCAAAAGCUUGAUGUGGACCAAGUCAGUCUCAGGGUGAAUGGCCUCAGCGAGAGUGAAAUGCUCGACGUGGUCAUGGGCGAGAUCCAGAAGGCUAUGUUCCCUUCCACUGAGGACUUGGAGUCGUUGCUGGGUGCAGAUCCUCUUCGCUGUUUGGUGAACGUUGCCAGGAAGGAGGGGCUCUUGAGGGACGUCUCGGGGGACAAGAAGUGGCAGCUGGGGAGGAGGGGGAAGCAUGUUCCAUGGUCUUUCCAGCUCGCCACCCCAUCUUGUUCACCCGGUGGGCCCCCCUCAGUGCGGAACCUGGGGAUACACUCUGUCACGGAGACUGGAUUCAUUUUCUUCAGUUUGGGCAGUGCUGGUGGGGCAGCAGGCCAGGCAGGUGCGGAGGUCCCUGCUUCCAUGGUGCUGCUGCUUGGCAGCUAUCCCUUCCAACAGCAGUGGAGGGGUGAGGGUGUGGUUAGGAAGAUGAGAUGGGGAUCCCCAGCGCCACCUUUCAGCCUUGCCUGCGCGAUGGAAAGAUGCAGGGAGCUUUGGAAGCAGGGGCCUUCGCAGGGACGGAUGGCCUUGUCUGACCAAGAGGCGGUCUCGGGAACUCGAGCGGAUGAUACCCGAGAAGGGCCCUCCACAGCUUACAUCUUCAUCCCCCACAGGAUGGAAGUUCUCAUCGGGCAUCCGCCGGCCCCGGGAGGCACUCGGAGAUGCGAGUGGCAGCGCUGGGCCUCCAGGCGCUGGGAGGGCCCCAAGGCCGUGUUGCCCUUUUCCCCAAAGCCCGUGGUGGCAAGGGAGCAGCCAAUGAAGGGUCGAAAGGUUACAGUGGUCCUCAUGGGUCCGCACACGGCGGGGAAGUCGACGGUCAGAAAGUGCUUGGCGGAGAGACUCCAGUGGAGAUCUGACGAGGAGUUGGGUACUUCCUUGAGAGGAGAGGAGGAGGAGAAGGGCCGCUACCACAAGGCGUGGGACGAUACGAUUCAUCAAGCCGAAGUUGCCCGGGAUCAGGAGCGGAGGAGCACUGUGACCUCAAGGGUGGUGGAGACAUGGCACUUGGGGAAUCUUGCAUGGGCACUCACCCGACAUCCCGAGCAGCAAGAAGACUUGCUAAAGCGUGCGGUCGACGCCAUUGGACAAGAGAUAGAGACAGGGAUUGUACUCAUGGUGCUGCUGAAGAUCGACGCAGCAACGAUGGUGAGGCGGAGGGCCAUUUUCCAAACUUCCGCUUUGCGCUUCCAAGAUGAGGAGGCAGAUGCCGAGAAGCUCUCGAAGGCUACAGGGGAGAAGCUUGAGGAGCCAUUUAAUGUAGGAACCUGA